AUGUUCUGGAGUAAAGGACCGGACAAAACUGAAGCUGCGAAAGAUAAGAAACCAGAAGCCCCGCCAUCCGCAGCAGCCAACACCAGCUCGCGCAGCGAUGUCAACGAGUUCGAUCCCGAUAAGCUCCCAACGCGGCGCAAGCUGCCAAAGGACUUACAGAAGAUCGUAGAUAAGGCCGACAAAGAUGAAAAUUUCUUUGACGAUCUCCGAGAAGGAUAUGCACAUGACUCUACCGAGUCCAACGUGCGAUAUGCCGCCUACGCAAACAGACUACGAACUAUUAUGCUCUCGGCCCAUCGUUAUGUGGCAUAUACUUCGGAUAUAGGAGAGUCCUUCAGGCCAGUCGCACAUCCGUGGCUAGUCAGAACCGCAUAUGGUAUAUCGUGGGCGUAUAUCUUAGGCGAUGUCUCGUACGAAGGAUAUAAGGCCUACUUGCACAACCAGCGGAAGAAAAACCCGCAGAUAGUGCUGUCAGAAAAGCAGCAGAAAAUCACUGGUUUACCGCCAACGCCACCUCCUGACGCUAAGCCCGAACCCGUGUCGCCUUUGGAAGAUUACCGCACCGUUAUGGUCCAACGAGCUCUCUUCCAGAGUCUCGCUUCGAUGGGACUACCCGCCUUCACGAUCCACAGUGUUGUCAAAUACUCGGGGAGGGCGUUGAGGAAUGUUAAGAAUCAAACAAUCAGAGUAUGGGGUCCCAUAGGACUCGGUCUCUCUAUUGUACCGUUCUUACCGACGCUUUUCGAUAAGCCGGUCGAAAAUGCUGUUGAAUGGAUGUUCCACAAGGGUUUUGAAGCAUACGGUGGCCAUAAGUACGUUGGCGAAUCUCCGACGACAGGACGAGAAGCCGCCUUGGCACAGAGGCCAAAUGCGCAGUCGAAGGAAAAGGAAUUGUAG